ACAGUAUGCCAACUGGCAUUUUCUUAAACAAGGUUACAUCCCCCAAAGCAUUGACUAAGAUCAAAACUCAAGCAAAGCAUUCAAGAGAUCCAACUAAGGCCCAUGUUCCUAGAUAGUUCAAGGUUCAUUUCGAGAGAAUUGAUCACAAUAAAUAAUACCAAUACACAGAAAGGAAGAAAGAAAGAAAAAAAAAAGCAAUUGACAUUAGUCUAUAAAACCAGCAGAAAGUGUGCUGUUACUCCACCUGAUUCAUCUGCCUCUGAGAAUAGAGUCAUGAAGAUCAUCUUAAGCAACAAAUGCUUAUUGAUCAUCUUGCUUCUGUUCAUUUCUGGUGCAAUACAAAUCCAGGCAGAAACCACCACCUGCAACAAACCCAAGAGCCCAUGCUUUCUCAAGAAGUUGCCAUGCCCAAGUGAGUGCCCAACGCCAUAUCCAAGCGACGCAAAAGCUAAAGUUUGCUAUGUCAACUGCAAUUCACCCAUAUGCCGAGCCGAGUGCAAAACUCGCAAACCAAAUUGCGGUAGCCCUGGAGCAGCAUGCUUGGACCCCCGGUUCAUUGGCGCAGACGGCAUUGUCUUCUACUUCCAUGGCAAGAGCAAUGAGCAUUUCAGCUUGGUUUCGGAUCCCAAUCUCCAAAUCAAUGCCCGCUUCAUUGGAUUGAGGCCAGCUGGUCGACCCAGGGACUACACGUGGAUUCAAGCACUAGGAAUCCUUUUCGACUCUCAAAGUUUCUCUGUUGAGGCCACCAACGCAGCAACAUGGGACGAUGAAGUCGACCAUCUAAAAUUCUCUUACAGUGGCAAGGAGCUAGUUAUACCCGAGGGCUACCCAUCCGUGUGGAAAUCCCCAGAAAAUGAGCUGAGAGUGGAGAGAACGUCUAGCAAGAACAGUGUUAUAGUCACUCUCCCAGAAGUUGCAGAAAUUUCAGUCAGUGUGGUGCCUGUGACCAAGGAAGAUGACAGAAUCCAUAACUACCAGAUACCUUCUGAGGACUGUUUUGCUCACUUGGAGGUACAGUUCAGAUUCUAUGGCCUCUCCUCAAAGGUCGAAGGUGUGCUCGGCCGGACUUACCAGCCAGAUUUUAAGAAUCCAGCGAAGCCAGGUGUUGCAAUGCCGGUUGUAGGUGGAGAAAACAAGUACAGAACCACAUCACUUCUAUCCGCAGAUUGUGAUUCUUGUGUGUUCUCUCCCGUUGGGGUUGUUAACAAGGACGAGUCCCAAGUUAUGAAUUAUGGAACACUAGAUUGCACUGGUGGAGCCGGCAGAGGGAAUGGAAUUGUUUGCAGGAAAUGAGUACCUAACUUCAUUCUCAGAGGAUAUGAGAAACUGUUUCUUGAUGUAUAAUUUGAAGUUUCUUGGUAGAGAUUAGAGAAUGAUGUGUCCUCUUUUCUAUUCUACCCUAGAGUAAUGCACUUUCAAUUUGUACUA